AUGGAACAGCAGCGGGGUGCAGGCGCUCCAGAGGGUGUGGUGUCGGGGGUGCUGACCCCUCCCGUCAGGAGGAACAGUAAAUUGGCCAGUCUGGGACAGAUCUUUAAACCCUGGAAAUGGAGGAAAAAGAGGAACGGCAAGAUCCAACAGAACUCCACAGCUUUAGAGCGGACCCGGGAUGAACUGGCCAAUAGGGGCCUGGAGGGGAUUGAACCAGAGUUUUGUGAGGCGUGUGGGGGGUUAGAAGACCCUGACACUCCCAGCCAAUCUGACGCAGAGGAGAGAGAGGAGGAGGAGCCUUUGGCGCCCCUGGCAACCACCUCAGAGUACCUGGUCAGCGAUGAAGACAACCCAUCUACAGCUGUUGAUCUGACAGAAGACACUUUGACAGUGGCGGACCAGAGUGAGGACGGAGGGGAGGAGGACACUUCUCUUUGUGAGCCCUGUGUGGACAGCUUUCUGGUACAGGCUGAGACAGGAGGGGGGCAGGAGACACCUCACCCCAUGGACCCCCCAUGGGACCUCCCACACCCCAACCUGCCCAAACUACUUACCAGGCUGGGCAGCCUAGAGGGUCCUCACCCCUUCCCUAAGUCGGAUCCUAACCUAGAGAGGAAGAAGUCUCCAGCCACUCUACCCAGGAACUUCACUUUGCCCAGGACUACCCAGGGUUCCUUGCUGCGAGGACGGAUCUCCACCCCUACCGGUUCCCCUCACCUGGGGGCACUGCGACCCCCACCGCCCCCCAGCUGUAUUAUAGAGGAGCUACAUCGGGCCCUGGCCACCAAACACAGACAGCACAGUUUCCAACCGAAGGAAAUGAGCUCUUCUCCGAAGCUUCGGUACGACAGUCGUCUGUCGCGUACAGCCAGCGUGGAGAAAGUCCCAACCGGAGGGAUGGAGAGAGAGAAGGAGAGAGAGAAGGAAUCAGACGAGAACAAGGAGAACAGACGUCUAGAUGAAUUCUACAACGACCCUGACCGCUGGAAUGACUCUGUCAUCUCCGGCACCCUGCCGCGGCGGAUGCGUAAGGAGUUGUUAACGGUGAAGCUUCGUAACCGGCCCAGUCAGCAGGAGCUGGAGGACAGAAACAUCUUCCCUGUUCGCUCAGACCUGGAGAGACAGGAGACACGACAGCACAUAGAGACCAAGCUGGCCAAGCGGCUGAGCCAGAGACCCGCGGUAGAGGAGCUGGAAAGUCGGAACAUCCUCAAACAGAGGAACGACCAGUCAGAGCAGGAGGAGAGGAGGGAGAUCAAACAGAGACUCAACAGGAAGUUGAACCAGCGUCCGACAGUAGAUGAGUUAAGGGACAGGAAGAUACUGAUCCGUUUCAGUGACUAUGUUGAGGUGGCCAAGGCUCAGGACUACGACCGCAGGGCAGAUAAACCCUGGACCAGGCUGUCUGCUUCAGACAAGGCAGCAAUAAGGAAGGAGCUGAAUGAGUUCAAGAGCAACGAGAUGGAAGUUCACAAUUCCAGCAAGCACCUGACAAGGUUCCAUCGACCGUAGUGUAGAGGUAGUUUCUUCUGUGAAGAAGCAGCUGUGUGGUCAGUGUAGACCAUGUGACAGUCUCCUGUUCCCAGGCCCAGUCUCCUGUUCCCGGAUGUUCGACCUACAGAUUUCUGUCUGUCUCUCUACCAACAUGGAGGAGCUGUCUGUCUCUCUACCAACAUGGAGGAGCUGUCUGUCUCUCUGUGUGUCACAAUGGAGGCUAUGUCUCUAGAGCUGGAGCCCAGGAAAGAUCGAAUCAGACUGAUAAACUCUUAAAGGAACUAUUAACACGUCAAUGUGUGCUGUUUCCUGGAUGUCAUCCAAUGAGAAAAAGACUCCUGGAUGCCAACCAAUGAGAAAAAGACUCCUGGAUGUCAUCCAAUGAGAAAAAGACUCCUUGAUGCCAUCCAAUGAGAAAAAGACUCCUGGAUGCCAUCCAGUGAGAAAAAGACUCCUGGAUGCCAUCCAAUGAGAAGAAAGACGAAUGAAGAAGACGGCACCACUUACUAGUUCACAAGUCGUUUCUCUCAAUUCACUCCAAGCCAGCAGUCUGAACAAAUCAGAAUCAGAAAACUUUAUUGCUACGCAACAAAUGUUGCUAAGAAUUUUCUCUCUAUGUUAUUUUCAAGUUUUACGGGACCUGGAUGAUAUAAAUCAUCCAACCAAAUGCAGGUUCCUUCUCGACAAUGGAACAACAAGAAAUAAUAAAAAGACUAAAACACAAACAUAAAGGAUAAUAAGACAUUUACCUUUUUUUUUCUUUUUUUUUACACUUUAGUCAUUAAACAGAUGCUCUUCUUCAGAGUGACUUACAGGAGCAAAUAGGGUUAAGAGCCUUGUUUUACCAGCAACCUUUAGAGUUAACUGGCCCAAUGAUCUUAACCGCUAGGCUACCUGCCGCCAGAUAAAGGUUCAAACGGAUGAGACAGUACAUCCCCCAAACUGCUGGUAUGGAAUAAACUGAUAGAAAUUAUGUCGUCUGUGAGUGCUGGUCGUCUUGUUUUGUAGUGGAGGAACUAUGAAGAGCCUUCAUCUUAGCCCAGUGGAACCAGCCCAAAGGGAGGAACUAUGAAGAGCCUUCCUUCUUAGUCCAGUGGAACCAGCCCAAAGGGAGGAACUAUGAAGAGCCUUCAUCUUAGCCCAGUGGAACCAGCCCAAAGGGAGGACCUAUGAAGAGCGUUCAUCUUAGCCCAGUGGAACCAGCCCAAAGGGAGGAACUAUGAAGAGCCUUCAUCUUAGCCCAGUGGAACCAGCCCAAAGGGAGGAACUAUGAAGAGCCUUCAUCUUAGCCCAGUGGAACCAGCCCAAAGGGAGGAACUAUGAAGAGCGUUCAUCUUAGCCCAGUGGAACCAGCCCAAAGGGAGGAACUAUGAAGAGCCUUCAUCUUAGCCCAGUGGAACCAGCCCAAAGGGAGGGAACUAUGAAGAGCGUUCAUCUUAGCCCAGUGGAACCAGCCCAAAGGGAGGAACUAUGAAGAGCCUUCAUCUUAGCCCAGUGGAACCAGCCCAAAGGGAGGAACUAUGAAGAGCGUUCAUCUUAGCCCAGUGGAACCAGCCCAAAGGGAGGAACUAUGAAGAGCCUUCAUCUUAGCCCAGUGGAACCAGCCCAAAGGGAGGAACUAUGAAGAGCGUUCAUCUUAGCCCAGUGGAACCAGCCCAAAGGGAGGAACUAUGAAGAGCCUUCAUCUUAGCCCAGUGGAACCAGCCCAAAGGGAGGGAACUAUGAAGAGCGUUCAUCUUAGCCCAGUGGAACCAGCCCAAAGGGACGAACUAUGAAGAGCCUUCAUCUUAGCCCAGUGGAACCAGCCCAAAGGGAGGAACUAUGAAGAGCGUUCAUCUUAGCCCAGUGGAACCAGCCCAAAGGGAGGAACUAUGAAGAGCCUUCAUCUUAGCCCAGUGGAACCAGCCCAAAGGGAGGAACUAUGAAGAGCCUUCAUCUUAGUCCAGUGGAAC